AUGUCUCGGAAACUAGGCUUUGGUUUCUCCCAACAAACCUCUAGAAAAUCAGUAUUCGACUCGGAAGAGAGUAGCUCACAACAACAGAAACCGCCGCCUGCACUCGACUCUUUUUUUGAAGAGACAUCGUCGAAACCGAAAAAACGGAAAUUGGUAAAAUUAGAUGAAGACGACGAUUUGUUGGUCCCUGAAGAGUUGGAAGAGUUUGACGGGGAGCAGAAGCAGCAGGGGCCUGAUGAAAAUGACGAUUUUGUUGGUGAUUUAGACGAUGAACGGGGUAUUUGGCCAAAGACAUCGACAGGCAUCAAAGGGUUUGUACCACAAGGUUACAAUGCUAGCCAACAAAUCAUGAUGAAUUUUGACAGGAGAAGAGAAGAUCAAAGUUCUGCUGCUGGUCCUCCCGUAUCAAAACAACAAGAGGAUGACGAAGAUGAUCCUCUUGACGCUUUUAUGGUUGGCAUUGAUGACAUUGUACAAAAAGAAAGCAGGGAAAGCAUCACUCGAGAAGAAAAAGUACGAAGGGAUGACAUUGAAGAUGAAGAUUUCGUGGAGAGUUAUGUGAACCAUAUGAAGAAGAAGGGUAUUGAAGUUGGUAAAAAUCAGCGACUGCCUAUUGAAAAAGACGAGAAUGCAAAUUCAGAUGAUGAAGUGUACGCUACUGCACGCGCGAUCGACGCACAACUUGAAUACGACUCUGAUGAUAAUCCUAUAGUUGAACAAAAACGCAAAGACGUAGAGCCACUUCCUGCAAUUGAUCAUUCUCAAAUACAGUAUCCAGAAAUCGAAAAAUAUUUCUACGAAGAACAUCCAGACAUUGCUGCCUUAUCAGAAGACCGAGUGCAUAUGCAUGUCUCCGGAGCGGACGUGGCAAAGCCUUGUAUUUCUUUUGCACAUUUCGGGUUUGAUGACGCGCUGUUAGAUUCGAUUAUCAAGUAUGGAUAUUCCGAACCGACUGGCAUUCAGAAACAGGCAGUGCCUGUUGCGUUAUCAGGUCGUGACAUUAUUGGGAUUGCGAAAACAGGCAAGUUGGUUAAUGAGAACAAAAAUUUUGUUAUUUUAGUGCUGUUUAUUAGAAUACUGGAUGAUCAAUUGGUGGUGGUUUAUUUAGGUUCUGGUAAAACUGCGGCCUUUAUUUGGCCCAUGCUGGUCCAUAUUAUGGAUCAAGGAGAACUCGAUAAAGGCGAAGGAUCUAUUGGAUUGAUCUUAGCUCCAACCCGAGAACUCGCCAAUCAGAUAUACAUCGAAGCAAAAAAAUUUGCAAAGAGUUACAGUCUGAGAGUUGCAGCAGUCUAUGGCGGUGCAUCAAAAAUGGACCAGUUCAAGGAACUGAGGUCUGGCGGCGUGGAGAUUCUUGUCGGGACACCCGGAAGGUUAAUCGAUAUGGUUAAAAUGAAGGCUACAAACUUUCGAAGAGUCAGUUUCUUAGUACUUGACGAAGCUGAUCGGAUGUUUGAUCUUGGAUUCGAGCCGCAAGUUCGAUCUAUAUGCGAUAAUUUACGACCAGAUAGACAAACUUUGCUUUUUAGCGCAACUUUUCCAAAGAAAGUCGAGAGGCUGGCCAGAGAAGUCACCGUAGAACCAGUAAGAAUAUCAAUCGGAAAUGUCGGGCAGGCAAACACCGAUAUCACCCAAGUAACUGAGAUUCUGGCCGAUGAUAGCUACAAGUGGGAUUGGCUAAUGAAACAUUUAGUCAGGCUUUGCGUCGAAGGAAGCGUGCUUAUUUUCGUGAGUCGCAAGGGUGGUGUGGAUGAACUUUCGCUGAAUUUGCAAAGUUCCGGACAUCAAUGUGGCGCUUUGCAUGGUGAUUUGAUGCAAUCUGAGCGUGACAAAGUACUCCGUGAGUUUAAGCAAAACAAAUUCCCUAUUUUGGUUGCUACAGAUGUAGCAGCUCGUGGUCUUGAUAUUAAAACAGUCAAAACAGUCAUCAAUUAUGACAUUGCUCGUGAUAUUGAUUUACAUGUUCAUCGUAUUGGAAGAACUGGGAGAGCAGGUGAAAAGGGAACCGCGUACACUCUUAUUACCAAAAAAGAAGACAAGUUUGCAGGCGAUUUGGUUAGAAAUUUGGAGUCUUCUGGGCAACCGGUUCCUAGCGAUUUAUUGGAGUUGGCGAUGCAGAAUAAUAGGUUUAGGAAAACUAGACAGAGAGGCACAGGUACUAGCGCUAAUGCGAUGCCACUUGGCGGAACACCUAGACUGGGAGGUGGUGGCGGUGCAGAAAUCCCUCCGCCACCACAAUUAACUACCAGUAGUUCAGGUAGUAGCACACGUGGUAGUGGACUCGCAUCCCGAUUUCAAAUGAAUUUUCAAAGAGCGACAACUUCGGCUCCUGCGUUAGGAAGUCUACAUACACAGGCACCAUCAACAUCAUCGCCAUCUGGGUUCUCUAGUAAUACUGCUAAUAAGAAUAACAAUGCAGACAUGCCACCCACCACCUCGUCUUCAUCGACUACACGAAAGCGACGAUGGGAUACAUGA